CGUCGGCUGGCUGUCAUCGAAUUACCACUUCAACGGUUGAAAAUUGUUUCACAUCGUCACAUUUUUACGAAAAAUACAUUCCUAGUUUAAUAAUCAUCUAGUUUACGCAUUUCAAAUAUGGAAGUAACGGACGAGAACUUGGCCACUCUGGCGAAUUAUCUGCAACAAACGUUGAACCCAGACACUAACAUAAGGCGACCGGCUGAAAAAUUCCUGGAGAGUGUAGAAGUGAACCAGAACUAUGCCAUACUGUUGUUGCACCUUAUUGACAAAGAAACUGUGGAUCUUACCAUCAGGGUUGCUGCUGCAAUUGCCUUCAAAAACUACAUUAAGAGAAACUGGCCUGUUGAAGAAGAUGGCGCUGACCGCAUCCAUGCAUCAGAUAGGGCUACGAUCAAGACCCUCAUUGUAUCCUUGAUGCUCAAGUCUCCUGAAGCCAUACAGAGGCAGUUCAGCGAUGCCGUAUCCAUCAUUGGCAAGUGUGACUUCCCAGAGAAGUGGCCGAGCCUCAUACCAGAAAUGGUUGAGAAGUUUGCUACUGGUGAUUUCCAUGUGAUCAAUGGAGUGUUGAGGACGGCACACUCCCUGUUCAAGCGCUAUCGAUACGAGUUCAAAUCACAGAAGCUCUGGGAAGAAAUAAAACAUGUGCUCGAAAACUUUGCAAAACCUCUCACAGACUUGUUUGUCGCCACAAUAGAUUUGACGACAAAACAUGCGGACAACCCGCAAGCUUUGCGAGUUAUCUACGGGUCUCUCGUACUUAUAUGCAAAGUGUUUUACUCACUGAACUAUCAAGAUUUGCCCGAGUUCUUUGAAGACAACAUGCCUAUUUGGAUGCCGAAUCUACUCAACCUCUUACAAGUUAAAGUCCCGUGUUUAGAGACGGAUGAUGACGAUGAGAAGCCCGGCGUUAUGGAGCAGCUUCGUACCGAAGUUUGUGAGUGUGCGGCCUUGUAUGCGCUUAAGUACGAGGAAGAAUUUGGUCCUCACGCGCCGUCUUUCGUGACCAGCGUGUGGACGGUAUUGUUGGCUACUGGACCACAGCCCAAGUAUGAUGCGUUGGUAUCGAACGCGCUGACCUUCCUUGCCAAGAUAGCUGAGAAAAAUAAUUACAAAAGCUUGUUCGAAGACCCAGCUACACUCAGCAGUAUCUGUGAAAAAGUUGUCAUACCCAACAUGGAGUUCAGAGAGUCAGACAUGGAGUUAUUCGAGGACAACCCCGAAGAGUACGUGCGGCGGGACAUCGAAGGCUCGGACGUGGACACUCGCCGCCGAGCCGCCUGCGACCUCGUGCGGACGCUCGCCGCCAGCUACGAGGACAAGAUGAUGAACAUCUUCGGACAGUAUGUGCAGCUCAUGUUAGCCAAGUACGCGGAGUGCGGCGCAUCAGCUUGGCGCGGCAAAGACGCGGCCAUGUACCUCGUGACGUCACUGGCGUCCCGCGGCAGCACGCAGGCGGCCGGCGUCACGCGCGCCUCGCCGCUCGUCGACCUCGCGCAGUUCGCGACCACCCAUGUACUGCCCGAGCUGCAGCGACCUGACGUAAACGAGUUGCCCGUACUAAAGGCAGACGCCAUAAAGUACGUCAUGACGUUCCGUUCUCUGCUGCCCAAGGAUCUCAUCAUUGCUUCAGUACCUUUAUUGAUAUCGCACGUGCGCGGCCGCGGCGUGGUGCAGACGUACGGCGCGUGUGCGCUGGAGAAGCUGAUCGCGGGCGGCAUGCUGCAGCGAGCCGCGCUGCAGCCGCACGCCGCCGCGCUGCUCGCCGCGCUGUUCCACGCGCUCGGCGAGGCGGCCGACCCGCAGCACCACAACGAGUACGUCAUGAAAGCGGUACUCCGUACACUCUCGUGUCUACAAGACGGCUCGCUGUCUUACUUGGGCGAUGCGCUGCCGAAACUUGCCCAUAUGCUGUCAGUUGUCGCCAAGAAUCCUUGCAAGCCACACUUCAACCAUUAUUUGUUCGAGACUCUAUCGCUCGCUGUGUCUUUGGUGACGAAAUCAAAUCCUGACGCUAUAUCAGCUUUCGAAGAUGCUCUGUUCCCGAUAUUCCAAGAGAUCCUUCAGAAUGAUGUACAAGAGUUCAUGCCCUACGUGUUCCAAAUGCUGUCGUUACUGCUGGAGCUGCGCGGCGGCGGCGGCGGCGGUGGCGACGCGUACAGCGCGCUGCUGCCGUGCGUGGUGGCGCCCGCGCUGUGGGAGCGCCCCGCCAACGUGCGGCCGCUCGUGCGCCUGCUGUGUGCCUUCGUGGCGCACCGGCCCCAGCAGGUGCUCGCCUCCGGCCGCCUCAAUGCAAUGCUCGGAGUGUUCCAGAAGUUGAUCGCUUCCAAAACGAAUGACCAUGAAGGAUUCUAUCUCAUGCAGACUAUGCUGUACAAGUUCGGAAACGAAGUGAUGUCCCAAUACACGAAGCAGAUAAUGACGCUGCUAUUCCAGCGGUUAUCGUCGUCUAAGACCACGAAGUAUGUGCGCGGACUCAUCGCCUUCCUCGGCUUCUACGCCGCGCAUUUCGGCGCAGACCCACUCAUUGACCUUGUCGACUCGGUACAAGCUGGCAUGUUCGGAAUGUACGUGGAGCGAGUUUUAAUCGCGGACCUACAACGUGUGAGCGGCGCUCUGGAACGUAAGGCGGCUGCUGUCGGCUGCGUCAAGCUGCUCACCGACAGCCAGCACUUCCUCACCGGCAACCUCGCGCCGCUGUGGCCGCGCCUGCUGCAGGCGCUGAUCUCGUUGUUCGAGCUGCCUACGGACGAGUCAGCGUUGCCGGACGACCACUUCAUUGAAGUAGACGACACUCCCGGCUAUCAGGCGCAGUACGCACAACUCACCUGCGCUAAGGGCGGCAGUGGGGACCCGCUCGCUGACGUGGGUGACCCAGUGAACUACCUAGCUACGUCCCUGGGCGCUCUAUCCCGUCAGUCCCCCGGCGUGCUGCCGCCGCGGCUGGCGGCGCUGGACGAGCCGCACCGCAACGCGCUGCACCACUACCUCGCCGCCUGUAGCGUGCAGCUCUGCUGAUCACCAGACCUGAUAUACAACUUUUGUGUACACCGGGAUUCAUUAGCAGUUCACUCAACAUUUUAACUGACUUAAAAAACAGAUUCUCAGUUUGACCUGUUUGUAAAGUAUUUGUUGAGUACUUCUUCUUAGUCGUAUCCUGAUGACUAAAAUUCAUAGUAAACAGUUGUUUUAGGAAAAUUAAUGUUUAUGAUGUCGGAGAACUUUCGCCUAGGCAAAUAUAUAAAGCCUAAUUCCGUAUAUAAUAAACACACGAAAAGUGUCAAUGAACUCCAAUACAUAGAAGGAAUUAAAAGGUAAAUCUAAAAGAUUGGAAGACCUUAUUAAAUAUCAAGAUACAUCAAACAGCCAAGUGAUGCAUCAAUUAAGUACUACACAAAGAUAAUAAAAACCGGUGUACAAAGGUUGCAAAGUAAAAGUGAUAAACAUGAACGAAUGUGUAUAUGUGAAACUAGUGUAAACUUCAAGACUGGACAUUAAAUAAUGAAAGGAAGUAUGACUGUUAUUUGAUACAAUAAUUACUGUUACUGGUAUUUAGGGUGUGUUUACACGGUGCAAGUAGCUUGCGCGUGUUGAGGCAGAUGCGCAAGUCACAUGCAUUUUAAAAACGUGCGACCAGCGACUCGCGCAUGUACCAAAGCAAAUACCCACCCGCGGGCUGUGUUGAGAGCGCGCGGGUCACUUGUGCAUGUUAACUUGCUCCAGCUACAUGCACCGUGUAGACGCACCCUUAUAUUGAAUAAGGAUAGUGUGAUAGUGGACAUGUGAUGAACAAAUAUUAUGUAUAAGUGGUGAUGAAUAAAUGUUAUAAAUAUGAUAUGUGAAUGUAUUUGAGCUGGUUCUUGUAUACAAAAAAUGAAUGCAUUUAUGUUACAAUUUCUUGUUAGACGACUGUUUUUUCUUGUAGAUAUUUUGAUAAUGCACGCUAAUAUAACAAGACGUCUUAGUAAAUCUAUACUAAUACUAUAAAGAGGAAAAAGUUCAAUUUUUGUUUGUUUGUAUUGUAUGUAAUUAACUCAAAAACUACUGCACUAAUUUGAAAAAUUCUGUCACUGUUGGAAAGCUGCAUUUUCGCCGAGUAACAUAGGCAUUGUAAGAUUUAUUUUGUCCCCUUACGUACAGUAGUACCCACGGGACGCGGGUGAUACCGCGGGAAAAUGGCUAGUCAAAUAUAAAAAGCUGAUCUGAUUUUGAAUUGUUAUCAACUUCCGCUUGUUUUACAAUGUUUUUAUAUUCACUGUCAAAAUAGGUUUGUUAUAAGUAAUUUACAAUUACUUUAUUUACUAUUAAUGUAUGUUGUUUUAAGCUGCUGUAUCUAUUGUAUGACUAAACUAGAUGUAAAAUUGUUUGAACACGAUGUUGAAAGGGAUCGGCGCUAAGCGUUCCGUGAAUGUGUAACCGAGCAGUGAUAAGUUAAUGUAUCAUAUUAUGUGUAUAAACAUGCUUUUUGUCUAUAAA